AUGGAAGAACCAAAUGUACUACUAGUACCAGGACCGCCGGUACCAAUCGAUGACAUUUUCGAUGACGAGAGCACGGAGAGUGAGCAGGAGCCAGUGCUGGAGCGAAAGGUGUCCUACAUCGAACCCAUCUCCAGAAACAAGUACACCGUGGAAAUCACAGUGAAGGAAUCAUCGUCGGAGGAGUCGGUGUACGAUGUGGAAGGAUCUCUUAGUUUCAUCCCAGGUCACAGCCAAAAGAUCACAAAGGUUGCUUUGGUCGACGAACUCAUUCACUCCUUCGUCUCGAAAAGGGAAAAAAGAAAAAUUGGAUUCCUAAGAGGAUAUCUCAUUCCACGUCCCAGCAACGGCGGCUUUCACGACGAUGCAGACGGAGUCAAUGCGGAACUUGGCGGCGUGGCUAUGAAGUUCUGCGACGAAAAUGGACGCGCCAAUAUUAUGGAUCAUCCAGAACUCAAAGCACAAGACAAGCUGGACAAUGGUCACGGUGGUUUCGUUUAUAUGAAGAAAGUGAAAUUGUUCAAUCGAGACCAUGGCGGUCGAAAUCUUGCAUUGCAAAUGAUGUUUCAGGCUCUCCAACUUUUGCCGUGGACCUUGACGGUAAUUGCCCCUGAUUGUAGAGUACCCAAAAAGGCCAAGCCGACGGAAGAGGAACAAAAGGAACAUUCCUUGAGAGCGUUUCGUCACAUUGCGAGACUCGGAUUCGUCCAAGCAGGCAGAAACCCAGAUGAUUACGGUGCAUGGUUCUUGACCAAAAAGAUGUUUGACGAGUCAAACUCAUCUGACAACGACAGUAUGCAAUUGAUCAGCCCAGAGCAAGUAGCUUCCAUGGACAUCUACUUGCCUCCAAAGCGGCACAAACGCAGCAGAGAGGAGAUACAAUUGUGUGACUUUGUUUCUUCUCAAAUCAGAACGCUUCAAUACGCCUUGGAAGACUCGGCACGCGAAGAAUCUUCAAUGCUGGAACAAAUGCAGCAAGGGGAAUUAUACAUCUUGUCUGUCAUUGACGAGGGCAUGACGGAAGAGGAACGACAAGAACAUAUGCAAACAGUUCACGAGCGGUUUGAGGGGUUCAAGAGAGAACACCGCGAAAGGAUUGCAACAACUGAAAGAGAAAAAGCGGAAAAGGUCAUGCAAGAGUUAAAAGACAAAGUGGCCGAGUUGCUUGGAAAUGGAGCGACACUGGAUGGUGCCAGGGUACUGCACAGCUACGCAGCCAAUGUGAAUUCGUCAUUAUCGGAUAUCCAGAUUUUGAAGUUUCUGAUAGAUCAGGGUGCCACCGCGGGCCUACAAGAUGAAUACGGGGCAAGUCCACUGACUUUAGCAGCAUCGACGUGGAAACCUCAUGUUAUCACGUAUCUUCGAUCUGUGGGAGUUGAUCCUUCACAACCAGACUUUUCGGGGAAAACACCCAUGGAGUACUGCCUUUCCAAUCAUCGAACACGUUAUCACGAGCGCCGAUUGCUGUUUGGGACGCUAGCACCAGGGGAGGACGAAACUGCCAUGCCGUUCUUUGAAACAGUGGUUUCCCUCAUGCCUGUUGCCCAGCGAGAAAGCCUUUGUGAUAACAUGAUACCUCCGAGAAUGAUGCAAUAUCUUAUCCGCGCUGCGAAAGAACAGUUUGAGAAAUUCGAGGAGUUGGAAUCGUUCGAUGCGAGGGCUUUUGGCAACAAUCCACAGUUGGCUAAGUGGCAAGUGGAGGAGUGCUGCCUUCACUAUAUCCCUCCAGACGCCAUUGAAUUUCAUUACGAUCCUCCCGAGGAAUACUGGAAGAUUGUUGUGAAGGGUUAUAGAGCCUACUGGAAGGCUAUCUUGGAGCUCUUGCAGCUUGGCCAAUCUCCAACGGUGGAUCAUGUGGAGGCAAAGUUGUCGCAAGAUCAGUGGGGGGUUCGUGAAUGGGCAGGCGUCGCAAUCGAAUAUGCCCUGGAUGCUCUGUUUCAUCUUGCCUAUCAAGAGUAUCAGAUGGACUUAUAUGUACCGGUAGAUGGAGAAGUAGCAGAAGAAGCAGAAGAGUUGCAGGGUGUCUUGGAGACUCCCUUGGAUGAGUACUUUGACGUGAUUUGGUUUAUGUGCGUCCCUCGCGGAGGCGGUUUGAAGUCGUUUUGCCAUCAUCGUGGCCCCUAUGAUUGGAGUGACGUUUGCCAAACUUUGCCACCAGCAGAGGACGCUGAUGACGACUCUGAAAUGGGGGAUGAGGAAGGUGAAGUGGGGGAUGAGGAAGUUGAAGAUGACAAUGACGGGGAGGCUCCUGAAGCGAAUGCUGAGUAG